AUGCUCUGGGUGUCGCGCAGUCUCUGGCUUGCGCGAACCUGCAGCAUGAAGCUCAACUACAAGAAUCGAAAGUCCGAGGGUCCAAAGUUGGGCCAUAUCGUUGCCAAAGACCUGCGAAAGCAAACCAAGCAUUGCUUCGCGAAAGCCGAGCCAAGACCGGAGCCUUCGCCUCUCAUGCUCGAUCUUGACGGCAAGAGCCUCACCGACGAGGGUUGCUUGGCCAUGAUAGAAGGCCUCGAGGAAACGUUGGAGACGCACAGUGGGGUUUCUGCCAACAAGCUUGAAGAGCUUCAUCUCAGAGGCAAUCGGCUUACUACCACCUCUCUUCGUGCUCUUGCUCACGUCAUCGAGCUCGCCCGCUUCGAGCUAGUCGACAUCGACCUCUCCGAUAAUAACAUCAGUGUCAAGACGGAUGAGGACGCAAACAACUGGGAGACGUUCUUGAAGGCUUUCCGUGGAUGCCGCCUGCUGAGACGCAUUGAUCUCAGCGGCAAUCAACUCGAUGGGCCGCGUCCAUUUGAAAUCCUUGACAGAGUCUACUCAAAACAGCCUCCUGUUGACCCCACGCAGCUUGAGGAUGUCGGAGGCUACACGAAUGGUCGUGAGUCCGGGAUUGACUCCAACAGCGACGUGGCCGAGCUCACCAACCGCGCUCGCGACAUCAGCAUUACGUCGCCGACAGAUGAUCCACCAACGGCCAAUGUUGGCAUGUCUGCUGGCACUGUGCUCAAGCGUCGCGAGGGCCUUCGUGCGGUCCCGUACAUCAUUCUCAGCGACACUGCCAUGACUGAUGCUGGCGCACUCUUCUUCUCCUACAUUAUCCAAAGACACUUCUAUCCCCAGCAACUGAUGUGCCCUCUGAGGCCCGGGCCCCAAGCUGCUCAACUCGACGAGUACCGGCAAAGGAACCAUUGCUGGGGCCUCGUCUACCUUCCAAAUGAAAACCUGACGGAGACUGGACUCCGUCUGUUGGGAAAGGCAGAGGAUUCGCGCUCAGAGUUCACGGGUAUUGUGGACGACUUUGGACUCUCUGACUCUGUCGGUUCUUUUGUGAUGGUCGAUGCUAAGCAGGCAAAUUCGGGUCUGCGAAGGAGCUCAAAUGCUUCAUCCAUCCGAAGGCGCUCAGAUUCUGUUGCAGAGCCCGGCAAGAAGCACGCCAUUGCCCUAGAUAUCGAGAACUACCGAAAGAAGAUCCAGCGUAAUAUCUUGGAGGAGCUAGGCUACGACAGUAUUGACCUCUGGCGCUGUGCCGUCAAGAUGCUCACCUACGCGAAGGUUCUCAUGCUGAACCAUGAGCAAGGAGAGGAUUCUCCGCUGCCCAUAGUCGAUAGAGCCGAUCCGAUCAUGCAGAUGAUGCAGACACACCUCUUCGCUUCUCGCAUGGUGGCUACACCCUCAGCUCACGGUGACCCUGUCCUUGCAGUUACCGAGACUACUCCGGAAUUCACUCAGUUGGACGUGGAGUCAUGGCCCAGCCUUCCUGCUCCUGUUGGAAAGCCCGCACCCCAAAAGACGUCCAUUCAUGUUGCCAUCGAAGAGGAAGAUGGCUACGAGCGUGACUCAGAUCUGCUUGGAGAGAUUCCCGAGCAUGUGUGGAAGGAUAUCCUUGUCCAAGCGGCCGGUGCUCAUCACAUCCUGUCGAACGCACAGCAGGACGCCAUCGUGCAUUACGCUCGGGACAGGACUACGGCAAGGUUGGAGAAGGGCGAACUGGGAAAGCCGAGGCCUUUCAAGCUAUGGUGGAUUCUGGAGCGUAUGGGCUGCCUGGCGUACGAAAUCAAGGAUUAA